GACCGGAACAUCUAGCAGAGGUCACUGCGCAUAGCAUGGUAAGAUGGGCCGAGUCCUGAAACUCCUUCGUAUCUCGAUCGAUCCAAGAAUAGACCUACCAUGGCGACGCCGCGGAGGAAAUGCACCACUCUGGAACGCUGGUAUGGUACAGACGCGUACUUUGGAUGUUAUUCAAUCUUGCAUAACUUGAACUUUGUCUUUUGUCUUUUGCUUCUAGACUAUAUACCAUGCCAUCAAUCCCGAUCUUACAUUUUAACGAUGUUUACCGCGUGCAACCUUUCAAGUUCAAUCCGACAUCUUCAGAAACAAUCGAUGUCACACAGUUCGCAGCCAUGCUAGACGAUAUCCGGGACAAAUGGGCUGAUAGAGACGACGGGAAGAAAGAUGGUCUGGUGCUGUUUUCGGGUGAUGUGUUUGCACCCUCAGUGGAGAGUUCAGUAACAAGAGGGAGUCAUAUGGUUCCCGUUAUGAACGCUCUAGCACCAGAUGUUUCCAUGACAGGCAAUCAUGAUUUCGAUUUCGGUUUUCCGCAUCUUUCAAAGCUAAUCCAGGAUACAACAUUCCCAUGGCUUCUAAGCAAUAUCAUAGAUACUACGAGGAAUACCGUUCCCGAGCAGCUGCACGAGUUUCAAGUAUUAGAGCGCGCAGGUGUUCGCAUUGGAGUCAUUGCUUUGGUUGAGAAAGAGUGGAUCGGAACAGUUUCUUCAUGGCCUCCAAGCUUUGAAUAUCGAGACGUCACUGAAGUCGGCCUAGACCUUUCCAAACGGCUACGCGAUCCUGAAGGCGAAUAUAGAUGCGAUAUUAUCAUCGCUCUCACACAUGCUCGGAUACCAAAUGACAUUCAGUUUGCGAAAUCCCUGGCGGCCCACUCACCGGCCGUUCAAGAUUCUCAGUCCACAGCGUCCACACAUGGGGUUGACAUUGUCCUAGGUGGUCAUGAUCACCUUUACUACAUCUCUAAAGGUGUCACAUCAUGGGACGGAUACGACGUCAACGAGAAAGUCCUUGGUGCCGAACAAGAUGAAGGAGACAUCCUAAUCGUCAAGAGUGGAACGGACUUCCGAGAUUUGAGCGAGUUUGUGCUGGAGUUAGAGGACACGCCAGAGGGUAGCGUGAGGAGGAAACUGAUCAAGGGUAUUCGAGGUAUACACCAUACGACAAAACCAGGUUCCAAAUCAAAUGAACAGCUGGCAAAGCUCAUUGAGAAGCUCCUCGGUUCUGUUUCAUCUGCCCUUAAAGCGCCAGUAUGUAAAUCAACUGUCGAAUUGGAUUGCAGGUCCGCUGUUGUGCGUAUCCAAGAGUCUGCAGCAGGCAACUGGUUUGCCGAUGUCCUACGACACGCGUACGAUGACAUGCUUUGUCUACAAGGCUGCGGAGGCUCCGAUGGCGUCUUCAUUUGCGGUGGUACACUACGAGGAGACUCGGUAUAUGGUCCAGGAUUCAUCACUCUGGGUGAUAUCCUUGAGAUUUUGCCUUUCGAGGACCCUAUCGUAGUGCUCGAGUUGGACGGGACCGCCAUAUGGGAUGCACUCGAAGCAUCUCUCGCAACAUGGCCAGCUCAGGAAGGGCGAUUCCCGGUCAUUUCAGGCUUCCGCAUAGUCUGGGACUCUCGUCGUCCUCCCGGCCAACGCGUCCUUGGAGUCUGGCUCACCAAAGAACCGUCAGGUAGCACCAAUAACACACCCGUACACAGCGGUACCACCACACCCUCCGCUUCCUCUGCAGCUAACCUCCUUCAAACUAUAAACAACCGUCCAGACUCGGCACCAUUGCUGCAAGAUCUCGAAGCGAUCAAGAGAGAGAAGGGCGGGAAGAAGUAUGCAAUUGUAACGAGGCAGUAUAUGGCCGAGGGGCAUGAUGGUUUCACUCCCUUGAAAGGCAGCAAGUAUCUCGUGGAUGAUGAGAGCGGGCAGAUGAUGAGUACCAUUGUGCGGAAGUACCUCCUGGGAUGUCGAUUCGUAAACCACAUGUCCCGUCUAGCAAAAUCCAGUGACGACCUUCUCCACUUCGAAACCGCACAACUCAUUAAUCGCGAAAAAGCUCGGCAAGCACGUUACGAAAAGUCUCAAUCUCAAGCCAACCAAGACAUUGCGAAUAAGUGGCGUCGUCUCGCGAGCGCAGCUUUACGGUGGUCUCGAGGUCAUUAUAGGGACAACAUCAGCAUCACAGAGAGGGAGCAUAUGAGUGAAGUUGACUGCUUGGACGGGCGGGCGUUGCGGAGUGGAGUUGGUGCCAAGGGCAAAAGAAGGGACGAGAAGGAAAAGGAGAUUGUUGAAGAAGAGCUAGAGGUGGACUUGAUUGAGAUUCAUCCUAUUGCGGAUGGGAGGUUGAGAGACGAAGGCAGACACCACUCAGCAUUCUUGGAUAUCUUGGAAACCCGCAUGUUUUAGAUUGUAGAUUGUCAGUACUAGAAGAAAGAAAUGACGUAGUACAC